AUGUCAUCUACAAAAUGCAAAAGUUAUAUUGUUAAGCAAAAGCUUGAAAUUAUUUCAAAGGUAAAAGAAAUAUCUAAUAAGGAAGCAGCGCGCAUAUUUGAAAAAAAAUUAGAAGAAGCAAUGUGUUCAUAUCAAAGUAUUGGUUCUGGAAAGAAAGCCGCAUAUCCUCUUGCGGAGAAAGUGUUAAGUCAAUGGAUCGUUCAAUUACAUCAAGAUGGAAUUGCAGUAACACUGUCCGCAAUAAAACUUAAAAUGAUAGAGCUUCUUAGAACCAGAUUUCAGCAUGAGUAUCCUGAUGCCUUAGAAUUGAUGGACUCUUUUGAAGGACAUCUUACGGAAUCUGUUAUGGAAAAGUAUAAAGAAAUGAAUACAAUUAGAAGAAUUAUUCCUAGUGGUCUUAUUUCAUUAGUUUAG